CCAAGUUAGCUUUCUUGCAUAUUAAUCCUUCAAAUACCAUAUUUUACCCAAAUUGUCCAAAUAAGUAAAAAUGGGUAUAUUUUGAGUGCAAACACUUCGUCUGAAUCGAAAAGCGUUGGACAAUUCCACAUUUCUGUGCAAAAUGGAGAGAACUCAUCGUCUCCUCUUGUUCUUCACUAUAGCCGCAGCAGCAGCAGCAGCGGAAGCACAAACCAGUAAUAUCACCACAGACCAAUUUGCUCUCCUUUCUCUCAAAUCCCACAUCACCAGUGACCCUCAGAACGUCUUGACCACCAACUGGUCCACAACUGCCUCCAAUAUUUGCCACUGGGUUGGCGUUACUUGCGGCGCACGCCACCUCAGAGUCGCAGCCCUGAACCUCUCUUACAUGGGUCUCACCGGCACCAUUCCUCCCCACCUAGGCAACCUCUCGUUUCUUGUUAAGGUGGACUUUGUGAAUAACAGUUUCCAUGGUACCUUCCCCCAGGAAUUGGCUCGUUUGCGCCGGUUGAAGUUGGUUAACUUUGGAUUCAACAACUUUAUGGGAACCAUUCCUUCGUGGUUCGGGUCCUUACCCAAACUUCAAAUCUUCAAUUUGUAUGGCAAUCAGUUUUCCGGUUCCAUUCCUGCUGAUAUCUUCAACUUGUCUGCACUACAAGCAAUUAAUCUGAGAUAUAACCAGCUAACAGGCAGCAUACCAAGAGAAAUAGGAAAUUUAACAAUGCUUAAGGAUAUACGCCUUGACUUCAACAACUUCAAAGAAAUUCCAAACGAGAUUGGAUCCAUAGAGAAGCUGGAGAGGCUGUACGUGCAAGCCAAUGCCCUGACGGGGCCUGUUCCAGCGGCCAUCUUCAACAUGUCUUUCUUGACUCUCUUGGCUCUAGCAGGAAACAGCUUGAAUGCUAGUAUUCCGGACAAUGUAUGUCUGCAUCUUUCUAGCAUUCAGCGGUUGCUUUUGGGUCACAACCAGUUUGAUGGACCACUUCCAUCCAAGUUAUGGCAAUGCAAAGAGUUAUCCAUCUUAGGACUCGAUUUCAACAAUUUCAAUGGCGGCAUACCCAAAAGUAUUGGGAACUUGACUCAAAUAACCAAGAUUUAUUUUGGCUUCAACAAUUUGACAGGUACUAUACCAGAUGAGAUUGGUAAUCUUCAAAACCUACAGGCUUUGACUCUCGGAGUUAAUAAUCUAAGCGGUCCCAUCCCAUCCGCAAUCUUCAAUAUGUCCAUGAUGACAGCAAUUGACCUUACUGAGAAUCAGCUCUCCGGUAGUCUCCCAGCAGACAUUGGUCUCGGUGUUCCAAACCUACAAGAACUUUAUGUUGGAGGUAAUAAAAUCCGUGGGAUAAUCCCCAACUCUAUCUCCAAUCUUUCGAAGCUUGCGAGGCUAGACAUGGGCGGGAACUCAUUUUCCGGGCUCAUUCCUACCAAGCUCUGCACCUUACCAAACCUUGAGUACCUCAGCUUAUUCAGAAACAAUUUGACGGUUGACACUUCAACUCCAGAACUAAACAUUCUUUCUUGUUUGGUUAAUCUUAGAAAACUGAAGACGUUAUUCUUGGGCGGUAAUCAAUUGAAUGCCACACUUCCUUUUUCCUUUCGGAAUUUCUCUGCAUCGAUUCAUUAUGUUGCUAUAAGCAACUGCAACAUGAGGGGUAACAUUCCCAAUGAUAUCGGCUACUUGAGCAGCUUGUUAGUCUUAGAUUUGAGAAACAAUAAAUUGGGUGGGUUGAUUCCAACUUCUGUGGGAAAACUAGGGAGUCUCCAAGGUUUGUUUUUGAGUGGCAACAAGUUUGAAGGAGGUAUCCCAUUUGAAAUUUGUCAACUAGAAAACCUAGCUGAAUUAGUCUUGGAUGGUAAUCAACUCUCUGGUUCGAUACCUUCUUGCUUAAGUAGCCUCGCCCGAGCUCUAAGACGUCUAUCGUUAGGGUCCAAUUUGCUGACUUCCACAAUACCGUCUACCUUGUGGGGACUUGAGUAUAUCUUGUACCUAAACUUGUCAUUCAAUUUUCUGAACGGAUCUCUCUCGGAAGAUAUCGGAAAACUGAAAGUUGUGAUCUCUCUCCAUGUAUCAAAUAACCAUUUAUCAGGUGGUUUACCAGGCAGCAUUGGGGGCCUUAAAGAUUUGGUUGAUCUUUCAUUGGAAUCUAAUAAUUUAGAAGGCGCUAUUCCGAGCUCAUUUGGCGACUUGGUAAGCCUGGAAUCCGUCGAUCUAUCCAAAAAUAAUCUGUCCGGAGUGAUUCCAAAGUCUCUGGAAGUACUCUCGCAUCUCAAGUAUCUAAAUUUGUCCUUCAACAGACUUGAAGGAGAAAUUCCGAAUGGCGGACCAUUCCAAAACUUCUCUGUGCUGUCAUAUGUCUCAAAUGGUGCGCUCUGUGGUGAAGCCCGACUCCAUGUUCCACGAUGCAAAAAGAGCACGCUUAACCGGAACUCAAAGAAAGCUAGCACAUCCAACUUGAAAUAUAUUAUUCCAGGGAUCGUAUCAGCAAUGCUCCUAGUGGCCUCUGCAUCAAUGUUGAUACAACGGAGGAAAAGGAAAGCGGAAGUUGUAACAGAGACUACCUUGCUACCUCAACUUCUUUGGCAAAGAUUUUCACGUGCAGAACUUGUAAGGGCGACAAAUGGAUUCAACGAAAGCAACUUACUUGGCACGGGGUGUUUUGGCUCAAUAUAUAAAGGUACAAUUUCUGAUGGGAGAAAUGUUGCUGUAAAGGUUUUCAAUUUACAGCUUGAAGGGGCUUUUAGGAGUUUCGACAGUGAAUGUGAAGUGCUGAGCCAAAUUCUUCACCGAAAUCUCAUCAAAAUCAUCAGUUGCUGCAGUCAAGUUGAUUUCAAAGCCCUCAUACUGCAAUACAUGCCUAAUGGGAGCCUUGAGAAUUGGUUGUAUUCUCAAAGCUCUCCGUUGAGUAUUCUGCACAGGUUGAACAUAAUGACGGACGCAGCAUCCGCGUUGGAAUACAUUCAUCACGGUUAUUCGAUACCAAUCGUACAUUGUGAUGUGAAACCAAGCAAUAUACUACUGGACGAUGAUAUGGUUGCUCAUGUUGCUGAUUUUGGAAUUGCGAAACUCAUAGGUGAAGGAGACUCCAUGACACAAACCAUGACCCUAGCCACAGUUGGGUAUAUGGCUCCAGAGUUGGGGAUGGAAGGAAUUGUUUCAACAAGAGGGGAUGUGUACAGUUUUGGCAUUGUACUGAUGGAGACGUUCACAAAACGGAAGCCAACGGAUGAGAUGUUUGUUGGGGAAACGAGUUUAAAGCAAUGGAUUGCAAGUUCAUUACUUUCGGAUGAUGCAUUCGUUGAAAUCGUGGAUGCCGGUUUACUAGGGACGGAGGAAGAUGGUGGUUUCGGGAGCAGGAGAGAUUGCGUAUCAUCGGUCAUGAGAUUAGCUCUAGCGUGUUGUGCAGAAUUGCCGGAAGAGAGGAUUAGCAUGCAAGACGCUCUCGUCGCACUAAAAAAAAAUCAGGAUCAAGUAUUUGAAGGAUUGUGGAGGACUCGAGUCUUAAUUUUUCUCCUGUCAAAUACGAUAAUUUUUCGUCGUCUAAGACAAGCAAAUGUAGCAGUCCAAUUGAACAAUUCAUCGCAUGCAUUGAUGCAUAGUAGAAAAACCUCCAACCCACGAUUAUAUUCUCGUCUAAACUCCCAAGGUGCAGUCACACCUCAGAUCAAAUGAAAUCUUUGGACGGCAAAUACAACACC